CAGACCCGAAGCGAGCGAGCGAGAGAGAGAGAGAGCUCAACCAACCAACGAACCGCGAGCAGCGCGGGUGCGGCCGAUCCCGGGAUCCAGCGGGGAUGGCGUCGUCGUCGGCGUCCCGGAUCUUCGAGUACUUCGUCGUGUGCGGGCUGGGCCCGGAGAUCCGGACGCUGGACGGCGUCAAGGGCUUCCACGGCGCCGACGACAUGUACAUGGCGGCCUUCCUCGACCAGCUCCCGCCUUCCAGUCACGGGCUCUACCCGCCCCCGCCGCCGCAGCUCCCCAUCUGUGUUUUGCCAGCGGGAGUAAGGAUAUACUCAUCUGGGUUGGAUGCAAAUGAUCUCUCAACGUAUCCACGGAGCUAUCCCAUAGUUUUGACAGAGGGAGAUGGUUCAAAAAUUUAUGUUAGUUGUAUUGCAUUUCGGGAUCCAAUAUGUGAAGAUAUUAUUGAAGCCUAUCAAAUUCCAGCGAAUUCGUAUGCUGAUAAAUGCAUAUGCCUUGUGUCCCAUUCUCCUAGUUUCCAAGUCCUCCGUGAUGCCCUUGAAGAAAUAUUUGUCCUUUGUUUUUCUCCUGCUGGGUGUAGCAAGCCGUUGUGGGACAUAAUAUCACAUGUGGUGUCAAAUGUUCCAUUACCAACACCAGGAAAGGAUCGUGUUUUAUUUGCCAUAGAGAACUGCCUUCUUUCUGCGGAGGCUCCCCCAAAAGAAUGGCUUCCUCAUGCUGAUAUAUCCUUCCAGCCGUUGGUACAGUGUCUAGAUGUUGAUAAGCUAAUACAACUAUUUACUGCUGUUCUUCUUGAAAGAAGGAUAUUACUACGAUCAAAUAAGUAUACACUGUUGACUCUAGUUUCAGAGGCCAUAUGCCAUUUAAUAUACCCACUUAGGUGGCAGCAUGUCUAUAUCCCAAUAAUUUUCUCUAGUGGGGUUGAUUACAUAGAUGCUCCUACACCCUACAUGAUGGGGCUUCAUUCAGGUGUUGACACAUCCACAGUGACAAUGGAUGGUGUAGUGGUGGUAGACCUUGAAUACAACCGGAUUACAAUCUCGGAAGAAAUCCCUCCAAUACCAGAAACUGAAUAUAAUUUCUUGCGUGGUGAGAUAUUAAAACUACUACAACCCAAUGUAAUGGGUAUUGAUUACAUGAAAAUCAAUCUUGGCAGUAUGGGUGACCAUUCUCUCAGGACUGGCACAAAAUCAUGGGGGCAGGAACAUGAUUUUCAGCUUAGGUUGAUUUUCUUAAGAUUCUUUGCGUUGAUUAUGAGUGGUUACCGUAACUUCAUUGAUAAUGCUUCACCAAGUGGUUUCAAUACUCAAGCAUUUCUUAAAAAACGUUCACGCGCAACUAAUCAGCCUGUUGAAUCAAUGUUGAUGAUUAUGCAGUUUAUAGAGACACAGGGGUUCUUGGAUUAUCUGGAAAGAUGCAGCAAUGCAGAAGAAAACACCAAUAAUCUUCUUGAUAAGUUGCAGGAUGCAACUGGGAGAGGACAAAACCCUCUGGCAAUUUUUCCAUCUCAUGCAGCUGAUCCUGAGAUCAUAACAAUAGCUGAUUCUGAGACUGGAGGUUCAGAACCAGGUAAACGAUUCUGCUAUAAAAGAUUUCCAGCAAACGCAAGGACAGAAGAACAAGAAGAAAAACGUAAAUCAAUUCUAGCGAUAGCUAGUGGGGCUAGUAAGCAAGUACCAAGCUCUCCGUCGAUCCCAACUAGUGGAGGUCAUAAGGUAGAAAGUUUGAGUCCUAGAGAGAGGGCGGCGGAGAGGGAAAGGAUGGUUCUAGACAUAAAAGUCAAGCUCCAGGGACUGUGGCUUCGUCUUCUGAGACUUGGGGCAACUGAGGAUCCCCUUUCUUCAUUCGAAUAUGGCACCAUUCUUGCUUUGAUUGAGUCUGAUGCAGAAGGCAUUGGGGGUAGUGGCUUUGUUGAGUGCAUCAGAGAGCAUAUUCAUUCGGGUUGGCAAUGCCGAUUAACUGAUGAACAGUUUAUUGCUGUAAAAGAACUGCUCAAGACGGCUAUAACUCGUGCCAACUCCCGCAAUGACAUGCUAACCAUCAGAGAUGCUCUUGAAGUUUCUGCUGAAAUGUAUAAGAAGGACCCAAACAAUGUUCAAGACUAUGUUCAGCGUCAUCUAUUGUCUCUGUCAGUAUGGGAGGAACUUCGCUUCUGGGAUGGCUAUUUUGAAUACUUGAUGGAAAAUUGUUCAAACAAGUCAACAAAUUAUGUAACAUUAGUUACUGCACAACUUAUUGUCAUGGCAACUCACAUGGCUGGAUUGGGACUACCUGAUAUUGAUUCUUGGAAUAUGAUUGAGAAAAUAGCUGAGAGAAACAACCUGGGUUAUAAGCAGAUGAUCAAACUUAGAGCAUUGCUCACACAUCUGCAACAACUGCGCAUUGGCUAUUGGGGAAUAGCUACAGGGAAAGGCCAACAACUGCCAUCAUAUGGCAUGGCUUCCCCCCGUGCACUUGAUGUAUCUGAUGAAAGCCAACAACCUGCUGAGGCAUCUGGGUUGGGCCGAAAUUGGGUGCAAAGCAUGUUUAGUAGGGACAGAAGCUUACGGGCUAGCUCUUUCAACCGAUCUAAUGAUCCAAAGGUUGGUCCUACCGCAGGAAAAACUGAUCUACCUGCUGCACAGAAGAAAACUCAAACAAAUAUGAGGACCCUUAGAGGACAUACGGGUGCUAUUACUGCUCUUCAUUGUGUAACAAGGAAAGAGGUCUGGGAUCUUGUUGGUGAUCGUGAAGAUGCUGGCUUUUUCAUCAGUGGAAGCACAGAUUGCACGGUAAAAAUUUGGGAUCCAAGUUUGCGCGGCUCUGAACUUCGGACAACACUUAAAGGGCAUACUAGGACAAUUCGAGCAAUCAGCUCAGAUCGUGGUAAAAUUGUUUCUGGAGCCGAUGAUCAAUCCGUCAUAGUCUGGGAUAAGCAAACAUUUAAACUUUUGGAGGAGCUUAAGGGUCAUGACGCACCGGUUAGUUCUGUCCGGAUGCUCUCAGGAGAACGUGUUCUUACUGCAUCUCAUGAUGGCACUGUCAAGAUGUGGGAUGUCCGUACUGAUACUUGUGUUGCUACUGUGGGUCGUUGUCAAAGUGCAGUUCUAUGUAUGGAAUAUGAUGACUCAACUGGAAUUUUAUCAGCUGCUGGAAGAGAUGUGGUGGCACAUGUCUGGGAUAUUCGUUCCAGUAAGCAGAUGUUCAAGCUUCAAGGGCACACAAAGUGGAUAAGAUCAAUGAGGAUGACUGGCGAAACCAUCAUUACCGGGAGUGAUGAUUGGACAGCUAGGGUAUGGUCUCUUACUCGAGGAACAUGUGAUGCUGUGUUAGCAUGCCAUGCUGGCCCAAUACUCUGUGUUGAGUACUCACCUUCAGAUAAAGGAAUUAUCACAGGUUCCUCAGACGGGCUUAUACGUUUUUGGGAAAAUGAAGGAGGAAUAAGAUGUGUCAAGAAUCUUACACUUCACUCCGCAUCUGUUCUGUCCAUUAGUGCCAGUGAUCACUGGCUAGGAAUUGGUGCUGCUGACAACUCUAUGUCUCUUUUCCAUCGACCGCAAGAAAGAUUUGGGGGUUUCUCGAAUACAGGAUCAAAAGUUGCAGGAUGGCAGCUUUAUAGAACUCCCCAGAAAACCGCUGCAAUGGUGAGAUGUAUAGCAUCGGACCUGGAUCGGAAAAGAAUCUGCAGCGGUGGUCGCAACGGACUUCUUCGGCUGUGGGAUGCCACAACGAGUAUCUAAGUUAUACCAGGACGCAUGUCAAUGUAAAGAAAUGGCAAUUGCCACGUUGUGUUUGUUGUAUGUUAUUAUUUUUAGUUGUUCUUUAUAAAUAAGAUAGGAACUCUAUUCGUUCAUCCAUUUUUGUAAAUCUAAAAAAUUCUCUUCUGAUACCUCGAGUGGGAUUUUGUUUAUAUUUUAAUGUCGAUCGCCCUAGACCAUUCUC